AUGUUAAGAUUUCUCUGGCCGUGCUCGAGCACCGGCCCCGUGUCGACGGCCGGGAAUUUCGGGAACCUCCCCUCCGCCCCAUCGGCCUUCGGCCUUCGGGAACACUCUCCGCACGACCCGGACCCAAAACCCCCACCCGGCCGCAAUGCAUGUAUAGUGGUUAGUCCGUCGAGCGACCUCAACCCCCAAUGCAAUGCACCAAUGCACCUCGACGAUCACUCCCACCUUGACGAUCACCGCUACCACCAGCACAACCACCAGCACAACCACCAGCGCCACCACCACCGCCGCCGCCGUCGCAGCGUCAACGCGGCUAAACCAGUCGGCCCUGCUACUCCAGACUCCAGACUCCAGACUCCAGACUCCAACUCCAAACGGCGCACCGGCACUAGCCCACCGACCGGCCGAGUACAUAGCGCACUCUCGCAUCGGGCGAUUACAUACGUCACCGGCCACACUCUCAUAGAUACACGGACAGCCACGGACAGCCACGGACAGCCUUCAGCCUUCGGGGCCCACAUCGACAUCGACAUCGACAUCGUGGCGGGGCGGGGCGCGAGAUUCCGCCAUCCCGUGGAUCUGUGA